AUGAGAUUUGUUUCAUUAUAUUAUGUAUUAUCGGUUAUAAUUUUCUUCAUUGAUGUGUCUUCUUCAUUUGAAAUGAAGACAUGGGUUGCCAGAGCUGAUUUACACGCUGAUUCGAGUUCCUUACCAGCAGGUACAUUGAUUUUUACGCAGGCAGAUUUUCUUGGUUCACCUGUUCGUGUUACGGGCACAUUGAUUAAUUUGAUACCGAACACGAAAUAUCAUGGAUUUCAUGUGCAUAUGUUUGGGCUACCCAAUGGCGAAUGGAAUUGCUCGAAAGCUGGUGAUCAUUGGAACCCUUAUAGUACAAUACAUGGUGAUAGAUACGAUUCAAUUGAACGAAGACAUGUCGGCGAUCUUGGUAACAUUUGGUCUGAUCAAUUUGGCAGUGCAAUAAUUGAUUUUGAAGACUCAAUUAUUCAGUUGCAUACCACAUCAAGUAGUUCAAUUUUAGACAAAUCAAUUGUUGUUCACAAAGAUGAGGAUGAUCUCGGUCGUGGUAUGUACAGUGACAGCAAAAUAACAGGGUAG